AUGUUAAGCAUUCAAAAUGCGGCAGAUGAAAGCAUUUCUCCGUACUACACCAACAUCGAUGGAGAAAUCCGUUGGGUGGACGAGGAGGCGUGGAAAAAGGAGGAACUCGAGCGUCGGGUGAUGAGCUUCAUUGAAAAUACAUCAGCGUUGACCCGAGUUUCCAAAGUCGAGUACGGUGUCAGCUGCUAUGGGCAAAGAUACGCCAUUUUGGUCACCAAGAAAAUUCUCUACACCGUUCGCAUUUUUGUCGAGCUCGAAUGUCCACUUGGGAAACCGGAGACCCUUCUCUCCGCCGAGGAGUCAUUCACCGGU